AUGCAGGACAAUCUCUACAUGAGGAAAAGAGAUUGGGAGCAGGCUUAUUCAAGGAAGGAUAAAAAAAAUAAGAAGAAAGAAGAAGAAUCACCCUCAAAGAAAAAUAAGAAAAAUGCAAAGAAGGCUGCUGAUUUGAUUAAUGAAGUGGUAGCUAAACAAAAAGAACCUGAAAAAAUUGAAAUUAAAGACAAAGUUGCCAAAGAAACUGAAAAUAAUGAAUUGAAAGAAAAGGAGAAGAAAGAUGUAGUUCUUAUUCCUAUCUCCAAUGAAGAAAUAGCAAAGGAGGCUGAAGAUCAAAAGAAGGAGGAACAGCCUAAGAUUGAAAAGGUAGAAAAAGAAGAGAAAAAAAAUGGGAAACCCAAGAAAGGUAAAAAAGUUUCCGAAAGUGAAAUUGCACCUGUAGCUAUUCCAAAGGUAGACGAUAAACUUCAGGAGCAAAAGACACAGAAGAAUGAAGAAAAUACAGAAAAAGUUUCCGACGAUGUUGAACAAAAAAGUCCUAAUGUUACGGAAACACAGGAGAAAAGUGGUCCUGUAUUUGACGAGCUAGGAGAUAUCUGGACAGAAGCUAAACCGCAAAAGAAAAGUAAAAAGAAAGCUCGUAAAGAUAACUGAGAGUAUUUAAAUGUAAUGAAAAUUAUAUUCCUUGUGAAGAGGAAUAAUGUGAGAGUCCUGCUUAGUCCAAACGACAUUUGUCAUUUCGGACUUAUCAGGUGCGUUUUAAGUGACUUACGAAUCAACCACCUGACCAAAUUGUUCCUUUCCCUUGUACAUAACGCCAAUGGGACUAGGUUGUUUGAUGGAUUAUGUUUGAUAGACUUCAUGACUGUAGGUGCAUAAGUGAAUGUAUGAAGAAAAAAUCUUUAUGUAUUAUUGAUUUUUUCAACAUACCACAAUGGUUUGCUUUAACAAAAGCAAUGCAUUUAACGAAAGAGGCAUAAGUCAUAAUUUUCUCUAUAAAAUAAUUAUUGUACACAUGUUACUCUUUCAAAAAUCUCCAUAUGUCCAUAUUUGACGGAUUAGUAUUCUAUGAUUUACAGCUAUAUCUAUAUUACAUAUUUAUAAGGUCUUCAUAUUAAUCUUACAUUAUUAACGAGAUGGUACUUAUGUCUUUUACGUUUUAUCCAGAAAUCUUAAACAGAGUGAUUUUGUUAGGCUAGUUAUGAUUUUCUAUCCUAACGAAUAGCACAUUCUUUUUAUCGUAUUCGUUAUAUACAUACACAUAUAUGUAUAUGUUAUAUGUAUAUAACGGAUGGUUGAAAGCUAAAACUUAGAAAGUAUGAGAUAUAUCCCAAAAUAGUAAAAUGCAGGACAAUCUCUACAUGAGGAAAAGUUUGCAUUACUGAUGUACAUGUCUUUUUCAAAGUAUAAAGAAAGAUAUUUUCUUAUAUCUGAUAGUGAGUAAUUUACUUCAGCAUAUAGAUCCGAAAUGAUAUGCUUUGUAACUAUGAACCAUAGGUAAUAUUUUAUUAUGGUAAGUACAUCAGUAAUGAAUUUUAAGGGUCGAUAUAAUGUAUUUAUAAGAAUAUGCAAAUCUGACAGAAUUUGUGCCAAGUUGUGAAACAAAAUAAAACAAGGUGCGACGAAAGUCAUUAAUU